AUUAAAAAUGAAGCGCUAUAGAAACCAAGAGGCCAAUGGAGGAACGGGAAGCUGUUUACAAGGGGGUGUACCGUUUCUAUGGUUGCUGGACAAACCUCCUGCACCAGGUAUUAAACUCCCUGCCCGCUGACAACCGUUAUAAAGACCUCUGCAGAGGAGAAGAAGCGCCCGACGGAGCGCCAAACUCAGACCACAGGAAUUUUUGUCCCCUUUUCCUUCUUUCUCUCACUCGCCAGAAGACAACAGGUGCACAGCAAGAACAAAAAAAAAAAAAAAAAAGGGCUGAGACUGAGCAUUCAAGAAGAGCUGCCCGUUUGGGAUUUAAAAGUCUCUAGUCAACAAAACAGCCGAGAGAAGGCGGUGGCAGGGGGAGACGGACAAGGAGCUGCAGGGUGACAGAGAGGUGUGUUGGAGGGAGAGAGAGCCAUGCUGUCUCUGAGCUGCGCAGACCCCUGGCCCGAAGGCUCCGUGGGGCUGGAGGAGGAGGUGGUGACCGCCGCUGCCCAGGCCGAGGAGCGGGACGGCGUCGGCGGCAACAGCAGCGUUAUCAGCUGCUGCGGCUCCGUCAACCUGGACGACAGCCUGACUAGCCUGCAGUGGCUGCAGGAGUUCUCCAUCCUCGGUGCCAACGUGCCGCAGCAGGCCCACCACCAGCCGCACCUGCUCGGCCAACAGCAGCUGGGAUCCGACGCGCCGUCCUCCCCUCUGGCCGGGGACCCCGCCUCCAUCGGGAUGCCCCUUACCCCGGGGAAGCCCACCGCCGCGGCCUACAGCAGGAUGCAGUCCCUCCCCGGUAUCGUCGCGCACGGCCACUGUCCGGACGAAGUGGACUACAAGACCAACGCGAACAUCAAGCCGCCAUACUCGUACGCCACUCUCAUCUGCAUGGCCAUGCAGGCCAGCAAGAAGAGCAAGAUCACGCUGUCCUGCAUCUACAAGUGGAUCACUGACAACUUCUGCUACUACCGCCACGCUGACCCCACCUGGCAGAACUCUAUCCGACACAACCUGUCGCUCAACAAGUGCUUCAUCAAGGUCCCGCGACAGAAGGAUGAGCCAGGUAAAGGGGGUUUCUGGAAGAUCGACCCUCAGUACGCCGAGCGCCUCCUGAGUGGUGCCUACAAGAAGAGACGGAUGCCCCCCGUCCAGAUCAACCCGGCCCUGCAGAACCGGCUCAGGAUCAACGUCCAGCCCCAGUCCAGAGCCUCCUGCGGCCCUUCAGGAGGUCAGAUCGGCCUGUGCAUCAACCCAGAGUCCCAACGGCUUCUCCGGGAGUUUGAAGAGGCGACCGGUGCUGACCAGAAGUGGGACCCCCAUCUGGCUGAGGGGACCAUGCUGGGGUCCUGGCCGGUGGUCAGGGGAAGAGGCGGGCACAAGAGGAAACAGUUGGGUUCCAGAAAUGGUGGCGCCAAAGUCCCUCGACGCUCCAGCUCCCCGCUGCUUCCCGUGGACGAACAGAAGGAGAUCGGACCGCUGAAGGGGGACUUUGACUGGGAUGCCUUGCUGGACUCGGCCCUCAGCGGGGAGCUCAGUUUGGAGGAGGGAGAGCCUCUGAGCCCCAUCAUGAAAGAGGAGGACCUGACGGUGAGGGGGACCCACAUCUCCCCCAUUGAAGCCCCCACAGGGGCUAACCGGAGGAGUAAUGACGUGUCUGACUUUGAUGAGGAAACCUUCCUCGCCACAGCCUUCCUGGAGAGCCCCUGGCCAGAAGAGGAGGAACAAGGCCCCAGCGAUUUCCUCUGUACCUCCACCGUCAACCUCGACCAGCUGUUUAACCUCGAAGACUCAUUAGGAGGAGACCCCAGCACCCGGAUUGACACCCUUCUUUGAGGAAUAAUUGCUUUCUCAACUUAUUAGGGAAUAACUUUAUUUUUUUUUACACGCAUGAAACAUUUAUUGUCCUUUUCCAAAAUGUCCGAAGUAUUUUUAACAAAGAUGAACAAAGAUGCCACAACGUGCAGCAGCAGCAGUUCCCAUCGAGAAUCUACGUCAAAUCUACAUAAAACAUGAAAUGACUUGACAAAUAAAAGCAAAUUUUGAGAACAAGGGCCUCAGCACACAUCGUAAAAUAGCCUGUUGGAGGCGAGUGUUGGCGUAUGCAGGGCUAGUUGGUGAAAUACAGCAGCUAGCGAGAUUACUGCUAACACAUGAACAAGAACAGGUACAGGCUACUAAUGCUAGUAACAUUAGCUUCCGUUUUCUCUGCUCUUCCUUUUGGUAUUUUGUCCACCCAAGAAUUCUACUGAAUAGAGUAAAAAUGAACUCGUAUCCAACAAGUUAGCUUCCUGUCAGUUAGCUACGUGGAUCCACAGCCACUACUCAGUCCCGCUGCCAAUUUCUCCCAGUGGCCACUUGUGGUACUACAGGAACCACUAUUGAAAAUAAAAAAACAACCUUAAACGAGGGGAAUGAUAACUCUAUAUAACAACUAAUAUUUGCAAAACUUUUUUGGGCUAAUGCACAUUUGCAAUUUUAACAACAAAUAAUAAAUAAUGAUAAACAUUUGUUCAAGUGAAUGGCACUGUACCGUAAUCUCAUACCCAUUUUGCAUCAUAUUAAGUUAGCAAACGGCUAUGAGGAGGUGGGGAAGCUAAGCUAACUAGCAUGUUAACUGGUAGCUAAGUAUCAUAUAUGGCAAUUCAGCUAAACUAGAUGUUUAACUGAAUGUUUAGCUAAAAAUAGGCAGUAGCUUUCUCCAUUUUGGAUUCUCCCGCUUUCCGUUCUUACAAACGUCAGCUCUGCUGAGAUGUGUUUCUACUACUCAGUUGUACAAAUCUACUUCGCUAUUUUAAGUUCAUGUCAUGGGACAGGAGGUUAAGAUGGCAAUGACUCAAUAAUUUCUGAACACUCAGGCUGAACAAUCUCUAGAAGGGAUUCCAGAUGAAUAAAUACUAAUAUUAAUACUAUAACUACUACUUAAGCUAUAUAGGAAGCAAAUGUAGUUUGUGAAGAAGCUGAUCAUAUUAAAAUUCAGUGUUUUGCUUUUAACUACAAACUUAAACUCACCUGAGACUUCCAUGUGUGCUCUCUUAUGGCACUUUCUAGUGCCAUGUCGGAUACAUUUUUAUUCCCCACCGCAAGACCAUAAGUUCCAUAGGGAAGAAUCACAGUAAAACUUCACAGUUUUAAAUACUGCUGAGACCACACUACACGGUCUCUGUUUACAUUGUGUGUAUUUUAUUUGAAAAACACAUGGCUCUCAGUGAGAUUUCCAGUGGACAAACUGAUCCUUUUUGUUUUUUUAAAGUGAAAUAAGUAGGUGUAAGGCCUAUGAUCGGUAGAAAUGGACUCCUUUGUUGUUUUAAUACACGUGUAAAGACUGUGACAGGAGCACUAUGAUAAUAAAUACUGAGAUAUUUGCCAAAUUAUGUUUAGUGUAGGAGUGAUUUACGGAAAUAGUUUUUUCGCUGUGUGGGAUUUUUGGUACUAACUGUUCUCCGUCAAGAUAAAUCAGACUGAAAAACUUCUUGUAGUACUGAGAGAUUGCUGUCAUCCUUUCUUUCUGUCUUUCAUUCUUUCUUUCCUUUUUACGAGGACAAAUCUCAGUUCCAUGGAGUGAAAGUUAAAAUGGACACGAAACGGCUCGGGGGCAAAAUCUUCCAACAAAGAACUAUUAGGAGCUUAAAGUGCUCACUUUAUAAAGGCCGUGGUGCCUUGUAAAUGAAUACCUGACCUUCUAUGUGCCAAGAACAACACUUGGGACUCAACAGGGUGACAGUGUUAAGAGGUUGUGGGGUUUAUACAUAUAUAUGUAUGUAUACACACAUAUUACAAAGAGGAAACAUCUUUUUCUGUAUUGGCACAUGAGAAAGGAGUUGUUGGUGCAUGAACAAUAAGAAAUAUCUCGCUGGAUACGGACUAAUCAAACCAAAUCACUCCGUAUGAAGACACCCUUUACUCUUGAGUAAUUUUCCUCUGAAGUGUGUGAAAGUGCAAUCAGUGUACAGUGCGUCUUGUUAUAUUGUACAUUCAGUUGUAGGAGUCCAUUCAUGCAGUUUACUUUAGAAAGUUUAGUUUGUGUAUUUUGAGGGAAAAAAGCAACCGCGGUUGUAUAUUAGCUCUUCUCUAUAUAAUAAUAAUAACAUUUAAAACCAUGUUAAUGGCAUUUUACCUCAUGAUUGGUUCUGUAAGCAAAUGCUGACGUGAGAGACACUGUAGGACUAUGCAGACUUUAACUUCCCUGUUUUCAUUUUAUUUUCCACUUUUCUUUGACAAUAAAAAAAAAAAGUUUUACUGGA